AUGGUUCCCACGGACCCCAUCGUAGCAUGGCUGCAACCGUACGCCGACAAGUACGGCAUGCACCAUCUUCCCACCCAUGUUCCAACGCUCAUUCGUUCGACUUUGCUCUGGUUUGCCAUCCAGACCCUAUCUUCCCAAGUCUGCCCCCGUUUAUUCCCCCAAACAUUCGCCAAGCUCAACCGCAAGGCACGCAUCAGCUGGGAUAUCCACGUCGUCUCCUUCGUCCACGCUGCCGUUAUCACCCCCUUGGCAGCUCGCGUUUGGUGGAAAGCUCGUCAGACCAACGCUCUCGGCAUCCACACCCACCCUCUCGCCGUAGACCGACUUUACGGAUACGACCACGAGGCAGCCCAAAUUUACGCCAUCGCCCAAGGCUACUUCGUCUGGGACUCGGUCACCUCCAUCCUCCACGAAGGUCCCGGAUUCAUCGCUCACGGUCUCGUAGCUUUGAUCGCAUUCACCCUCGUCUUCCACCCCAUCUUCAUGUACGACGGAAUGGGCUUCUUGCUAUGGGAACUUUCCACUCCUUUCCUCAACAUUCAUUGGUUCCUCGAUAAACUCGGAAAAACAGGCAGCAAAGCUCAGCUGAUCAACGCAUUUUUCCUCCUCUCCGCAUACGUGGGAGCCAGGUUGACGUUUGGAGUGUACAACAGUUUCAGCUUUUUCAAGUUCGUUGUGGCGCCGAGUAAGCCUCAUUUCCCACCGAUUCCUGGGCAUUUGAAGGCGUUCUAUAUGGCGGGAAAUGUGAUUUUGAACAGCUUGAACUUUUUCUGGUUCAGAGCAAUGGUUAGGGCCGUGCAGAAGAGGUUCACGAUUAAACCGGAUCAGGGGGAUAAGGUCGAUCCUCAGAAGGUGAUCAGGGGUCAGCAGGGUGUGAAAGUUGGUGUGGAGGGAAAGGAUGAUGAGAAGUUUUGGCAGGAGGCUGGUGCUGAUAAGAAGUCGCAGUAG